GGAUUUCUCUACCGCCAUCGUUACAUUACGUGUAAUCACGAUUACUAAAUCUGAUUACGAUACUUUUAUCAUAUUCUAAGACGUCAACAACAGCAGAGAUAGCGUCCGAAAUGGAUGUGGAUCACCAUGAGCCCGGAGGCGAGACUAAAUCGGCCAUGCAUACUUGGCGUUACCGCCACCAUUUCACGUACAAGGCAGAUCAAGGGAAAAAUAUCAUCGUCCAGUGUAAUCUAUGUCUGCCGAGGGUUAACCUGCUCUCCACGUCGAAAACCUCUACAUCAAACCUAAAGAAGCAUUUAGACAGAACACAUUUGGGCUGUGAGGCCAGGCCUGAUGCCAAGAGGGGAAGGAAGAAAGAGGAGCACAACGGUGAAGAGAGCAGGCACUGCCAACUCAAAAAACUUAAAGCGGAAAUCAUCUCCAAGUGCAUGACCCAAGCAAAGACUGACGACCUUAUUUUCAACUUCAUUGUGGAGGAUUGCCAGUCAUUUUACGUGCUAGAGCAACCUGGCUUCAGGAAGCUGAUCGCAGGCUUGACUGAGGGGCUCAAGUCCAUGGACAGGGUGACCUUGUUUACAAAGGUGGAUCAGGGUUUCUCCAGGAUGCGGGAAGAGCUGAUGGCAAAGCUGAGCGGCAUCCAGUACGUGUGCACCACGGCUGACAUCUGGACGGCCAACAACAGAAGCUUCUUCGGGAUGACCUGUCACUGGAUCGACACAGACUCUCUAGAGAGGAAGUCCGCCGCCCUGGGCUUCGCGAGGCUGCAGGGCCGGAUCACAUACGACACCAUUGCUGGACGGAUACACGACAUCCACGUGGCGUACAAUAUCGAAAGCAAAGUUCAGACCACGGUCACUGAUAACGGCAGCCCCUUUGUGAGCGUGUUCAAGGAGUUUGCUGUGGACACCACGGAAAGCGACGACGACAUCGGCUUCUAUGAGAACGUGAGCGCCGUCCUGGAGGGCGAGCCGGAGCAGGACAUGCUGCUGUUUCUGCCCACAGUGCAGCGCUGUGCAUCACACACCCUGGAGCUGAUUGUCACUGAGGACUUCUGGCAGGCGGUGUCGCAGGGGCCCAUGUGCCAGCUACAUUACAGUGCAAUGGCCAAGGUGUACGCCAUAUGGAGCAAAUGCCACCAUCUCCAAGUCGGCAUGGAUGCGGCGGAGGAGAUAGGAAAGAUGGCGCUCGUUGUCCCCGCCGUCAUACGCUGGAAUGUGGAAUACUGUGCGGUGCAGAAGAUCGUCUCUCUCACAGAGCGGGAGCUGACCGAGCUGUGCGCCCGCCUGGAGGUCCCACGCAUGCAGCCCGAGGAGAUGGCCUUCCUGAAGGAGUACGUGACUGUGUUCCACCCGCUGGCGUUUGCACUUGAACUUUUCCAAGCAGAGCAGAAAUGUUACUUGGGGCUGGUCAUCCCAACCGUACUCAGUCUGAAGAACAAGUUGAGCGAGCAGAAAGAUGCGGCAAAUUACUUUGCUGAUGUCAUCAACGCCAUCGUAGUGGCGAUUGACGUGCGGUUCCAGGAGCUGUUCGCCAGCACGGAGGCGAAGAUUGCCACAGCGACGACUCCUCAGUUUCGCUUGUGGUGGACUGCUGCCUCUGAGAGGGAGGAGAUGUGCACCCUGCUGGCCACAGAGGCGUCCCAGGUGGAUCCCUGUAACGUGACGGAGACGAACCCCAGCCGCAACUUGUCCACCAUCGAAUCCGAAGACGACUUCUUCAGCUACGGGCCCGUCAAGCCCGCCAUCCAGAUCCAGCAACGGGGGGUGAUGGAGGAGAUCCGCAAGUACGUGGAAGGAACGGGGAAGAGCCUCGAGUGCCUGCAGGACUUCCCCAGGGUGAAGCAGCUUUUCCUAAAAUACAACACCACCUUGCCGUCCACAGCCCCCGUCCAGCGUCUGUUCAGUCAGAAAGGCAACCUGGUCACCUCACAGAGAAACUUUCUGACUGACGACUACUUCGAACGCAUUCAGCUUCUGAGAUACAACAGCAACGUGUGCACUUUGAUCACUGAGUGAACGCACUCCCGGUGGCGACUCUCUCACUCUCUCUCACAGCCUUUUAAUUGAUGCAGAAUCAAACCAUAUUGUGCUAAAAUCAUUGCAGAAAAAACCCUGAGUAAUAUCUCGUUUCAGACAAUUUAGCCCAGAUGUGUUUUCUGUUUUCUAAUAUUCCUCCUGUUUUGAUAGCAUAUAUCUUCCACUCCUGAAUGGCCUAAUGAAAAAAUCGAAUUGACAAUCAUGGACAAUGGCAUUCACGGACUGAAUAUACUGACAAAAGCAUCUUUCUAUCUGUGCUAUUUGUUGUGAUUUGAAGUAGCCACAGGGUUAAACAGAAGUGAUUUUGUCUUUCAGUUAAGAUAAGUCUGUUUUUUCUACAGCUCUUCAAUGAGAAUGCAUCUCCUGUCUGUAUGUUUUAUAUCAUAUAUAAAG